UUUGUACAUCUAUUGUGAUCUUAAUAAAAUCAGUGCCAGAAAUAAAGAUUGCAGUGUUGAUUCUUGCUAAAAACACCCGAAAAAAAUUAAGUGCCCCUUGUAAAUAAAAAAGUGAAAAUACCGUGGCCAAAUACUGAGUGUAAUGUGGCCCCUUGUCGUGGAAGAGGAAGUCAUCUUCACCCUCAUCAAGAUCAUUAUUACUGGUCUCAUGAGGUCUCGGCGAUAAAGUUGGCGUGAUGUGUGAUGCGGAUAAAGCCAGGCGGUCGACUGGCUUUGGCCCUCCUCACAACGACAACCCUCACACUACUGCUGGUGCAGCAUUGUAGACUCUCUCAGCACCUGCAGGGUGAGGAAGAUGGCCCAGCAUACGAGCGGCAGAUGGCGUGGCGGGAGGAGGAACACCGAGCUCACGUACGAAAGCUUCUCCUCCAGAUAGCACAGCUCAAGGAGCAGUUAGCUCAGGCACAGGCCUCAAAACCCGAGGUAGAAAUAUCCGAAUCUCCUGCAGGUGGAUCAGCUGUCGUGCCAGCCCCACCUGUCCCCACCUCUAGCAGUAGUAGUCAGGCAACUUCCAAAAAUAUCAACAACAGCCAUGUCGUCAUGGUGGAUGGCCCAUGUGGGGCCAUCAUACAACACCAGGUUGCACAGUCUGAAAUUACUCAAGGAAUUUCCUUAAAUAAUGAAUAUGAAGUUGUGGCUUUUUCACACUUCACCUGGUCAAGAGUGUAUCCCUCCGAGCUUGGUCUGGGAAAACGGGUCGUAGAAAAACCCAUAGGGUUCAGACGAAGAGAUAUUUUAGCAUCACUCACAACAGCGCUGGAGCACCUUAACACACCUGUACCUGCCAGAUUUACCGUAGAUGAUUUUGUUGAGGGUAUGUAUCGGACAGUGCCAACUAGUGGAACCCAGUACGAAUUGGUUUUUCUAGAUCGUCACGCAAACCGCACAACACAUCAGUAUCGAACCAUCACACUCAUGAGACCCUUCGCUCCCCUCACUGUAGUUACAAGAGUACAACAAAACACAAAACAGCUGGUCAACAUAGUCCUGCCCCUAUCUGGACGCACCGACACUUUCCGAGGAUUUAUGGAUAAAUUAGUGGCUGUUAUACUACGGCAUGAUCGCCGUGUCUUCCUUACUGUUGUAUACUUUGGUCAUGAGGGCUUGCAAGAAGUCAGAAAUAUAAUCACGAAUGCAUCCAAAGAAGCCAAAUUUCGACACAUUAAGUUGCUCACCCUCAACGAAACUUUCUCCAGAGGAAAAGCACUACAGGUUGGUGCCACCCAUUGGUCAAAAGGUGAUGUGUUGCUCUUCAUGUGUGAUGUUGAUGUUGUAUUUAGUACAAGAUUCCUCGAACGAUGCCGUCUGAAUGCGUCACCGGGUCAUUCUGUGUAUUAUCCUGUGGUUUUCUCACUUUAUAACCCACAAGUGGUGUAUCCACUGCAGGGUAAACCAAUACCUCAGGAAUUAGACCAGCUUGUCAUCUCUAGAGAUACAGGGUUUUGGCGAGACUUUGGGUAUGGAAUGACAUGCCAGUAUAGAUCAGACUUCCUUAGUGUUCAAGGUUUUGAUGAAGACAUUAUUGGUUGGGGAGGAGAAGAUGUUUUACUCUAUCGCAAGUACGUUAAAUCAAGAUUGUCAGUGAUUCGUUCCACUGAUCCCGGCAUCUUUCACCUGUGGCAUCCAAAAGAAUGUUCAACUGCUCUCUCAGCUGACCAGUAUCGUGCCUGUAUCACCUCACGCGCCCUUAAUGAGGCCUCUCAUGCUCACCUUGGUCUCAUUGCCUUUAAGGAUGAUCUUGGAAAGCACCCACUUGGUGCCGGUGCAUUGACUGGUGCCAGUGCUCUUGAGGAACAGCAGCUCAAAGCAGAAAUGUAGUUUUGAGUUUAGAGCAUUGCACAGUGGGAGUGAAAGUACAAGCAUUGUGUGCGUAGAUUAAUGAAACUUUUUGUCUGUGGCAAGACUUUUCAAACCUGUGAUUGUUUUGUAUUAUGAUGCCUAUAUGAAGUUUAAUUUUUCAAAGGCUUCGAUCUAUUUUCUGUGAUGUACAGGAUUUUGAUUAUUUCAUUAUACUGUAUUCUUUAAAGCUGCAUAUUAUUGAAAUGCUGGGAGUUGCAGUAAUAGUCCUGAUGGUGCAAAAUUAGGGUAAGGUCUUUGUCAGCAUUGCUUUGCUUCUCAUAAUGCAAAAUUUGAUUGGAAAAAGAUUGAAAGAUAGAAGGUACCCUUUGCUGAUUUUGGGUCAAGUUAGAUCUCAAGGUAAAGGAAAAUGUGUUAAGACUAGUGGUAUGUUGAGCAGCCCUAAGUGAAAUCCAGGAGUUAUUUUUUAUGAAUUUAUUUUUCUGUAAGGAAUAUUUCUUUCCAAUGAUUUUAACAUUAUUGAGAUGUUAUUCUUAGAUUUUAAAGGAUGGUACCUAUGUCAUAUUCCAGAUGUACAUGUUUUCAUGAAUUUAUUUCAAAUGUAGCAUUCUUUUCAUUGAAUGGCAUGUGAUUAUAUUUUUGGCUUGGAAUUUAUGUUAGUAUGAAAUAUUAAUGUUGGACUGUAAUCAUUCAGUAAUAUAUUGAAGUGCAGGUUUCUUAAAAUUGAGAUAAUAGGCCUGAAUUGAAGCCCACUUAUGGCGUUAAUCUUCUUUUCAUUUAGUGUUCUCUUUCUUGUUGUGGUGAGUUCUUUUCAUGGUAUAUUUUUUAAGUUAUGGGCAUUGAGAAUUGCCAGAGGUAUUAAGUUGUACUGUAAAUUAACUCAAUGAUAGUUAGAUACUUGCCAUACUUAAGAACCAUACUUGAAGAACUGGUCCUGUAAUAAGACAGUGUCAUUAGGAACACCUACAGUUCUCUUUAUGUGAAAGGACAUUUAAAUUAGCAAGCUGUUGCCAUUUCACUGACAUAUUAGAUUUACAAUACCUAGAGUUAUGACUCUUCUGUCUGAUUGUCUUUAGUCCAGCUACUAUGAAUAGCAUGUGUAUUUGCUGCCAGGGACAUUUAAAGGCUUAAUUGGUCAACAGGAAAAAGCAUAGGUGGAUCAUUUUUUAUAGUAGAGGAUAUGGAACAAAGUAAGCAAUUUAAAACAUCUGUCUUAAUGGUGUGAAGAAAUUACUCCUGAGAUACAGGUAGAAAAUGAAAGACUGCCAUAGUUUACUUUACAUUGAUAUCCUACUAAUGUCAUUUUCUCAUUAUAAGGGAUCAGAAUGUGGAAUGUGUUUACUGUGAUUUUGUCAUAAUAGGAAGGUUUUGAUAAGGAAGGAUAGAUUUGUAAAAACCUUUCCUGCAUUAUACUACACAGUGUAAUGCAGAUAUAUUUCAUCAUAGCCCAUCUCUUUACAGCAGCCUUAUUGUGUUGCCAGUGUGAUAUCCAAUAUAGUUCCUUCAGUUCCACUUGUCAGAAUAUGCAUUCCCCAUUCCUCAUUUCCCCUGGAGGCAAUUUCAUUCUUUGUUUCUAGUUUUCUUUACAAAUCUUGUAAUCUUUUUCCCCAGUUUUUGUGCAUUUUAACUCCAUCACAAAGAUUCAUUUACUUGGGAUUUACAUUGAUAUGUCAUCUGCCAUAGUGUGCUCCUCCUAAGAAGUGAUCCGUAUUCUAGUCAUCGUUAAAUGACAUCUUUUGGGCUUACUCCUCCUAUGUUCCUUUGGCAGUCAUCUGGAUCAUUUUCUAUUCUCAAAGUAACUGGUUCUCCACAGCAAUUUAAGCUUGGGGUGAGAUUGUCAGCCUUGGUGGAUCUGGACACUACCAGAACUAGUUAAUGGAGAAGUGUUAACAAAUCUUGAUGGUGGUGGGAUCAAGGUCUCCUUGCUGUAAAAGUUCCUUUUAUGCCACCAGUGACAGAAUUGUAAUUGUUUAGAGACACCUCAUGCAAGGUAUGUCAUGCUGCCCACAUGCAAGAUUUGUAAACAUCAAGCAGAUUGUCCGCAGAGAAAAAGACCUUCACAUCAACCUGUUAUGAAUCAAAGCAGUAUUCCUAACUCCUCAUACUUUAUCUGAGCUUAUCCAGUGGAAGAAGGGACAGGUCAGAUAACUCCGCCACAGUGGAGCCACAGAGAUCCUUGCACUGUGUCAUCUUGCAUGUAUUCUCUAGGGCAGAGAGGGAAAAUAUGACACUAGUAACCAUGUUUGUACCAGGAGAUAGUCAACACCCUUAGUAGACAGGAUUUAGUUCUACCCUUGAAUUGCUACUUCAGAGUUAAUUCUUCAAGGUGCUGUGGAGAUUGUGGGGAAUUUUUUAUAACUUGUUUGUCAUACAUCUGAACAAGAGGUCAUCCAAAUUUUGUGCAACAUUGCACAUCCAGCCACAUGGGGAUGUAGCACAUUUGUGGUUCUUGGGAGAACGUACAGGCUUAUGCCUUUACCCUCAUUUAUCCUUUCUUGUAUAAAGUUUAUUAGUACUUAACCAAUUCCACCGAAAUUUGAUUGGGCCCUUUGUUGCCCCAACAAGUGUUAAUGGCCCACCUCCUUCUCCCAGUGAAUAUCCCCAGUUCCCUUGUGAGUUGACUGAAACUGCUAUAUCAGUUGGACUUUGCUUAUCCAUCAGAAUCUGAGUCACUUCAACCUUCAUGCUUGGAGGUUAUAAACAGUAGCAGAUUAAAAGAUUUCUCAAUAAGUGUACUGCAGCUUGCCAUUCUAAAGUGAUGUCUUAGGCAACUGAUUCAACAGAAGAAAUAAUGUGCUCCUAGCCUCUGUAGCAAGAAUAGCACACAUUUUGUUCUUCCUUAGAGAUUCAAGAAAGUUAUCACUUAUGGCAUUCAAAGUUUAUACAUCUGCCCUAGUGCAGAUUCUACGUAGCUGUUCUGGUUACUGUAAAUUUAUUGUUUUUAAUGAAACAUGAGUGAUUUUUUGUUAAAUAAUAGUAGUAUUUUAUUUCACAAACACAUCUUUGCCUGCCUCCCUAACUUCCAUUAUUGCAGAAAAAAAAACAGACUUAAAGAAUGACCAAAAUGUUACUAGGGGCAUUAAGAAAUGAGCAAUACUUAUUCUUAUGUGCAGUUUUUGGAGGUUGUACAGGAUAUUUUGAAUAAGUAGGACAUUUGUUUCCAGUAUGGUCAAGUGACACUUGUCUCUUAGGUAUUUCCUUACCACUUCAAUGGUAUUUGGGUUCUCAUCCUUUUAGUUGUUUAUGGUUUUUUUCAUUGUUUCAUUAAGAAAAUAAGUGAAGUAGAAAUGUUCAGAUACAGUACUGAGGAUUUUCCAUGGUUGUGUUGAUCUGAGGUAAUGCUCAUUUAACAUGUUUCCAUGUAGUAUUUUGGUAACCUAUCCAUGAAGAAUAAGUUUUCCUCUAUAUACUAUUUAUCUCAGUAUAGUAGUGCUAGUUUCAUUAUUUAGUAAAAAUAAUGAAUUUUCCCAUCAGGAAACCAGUAUGGUUAUAUAUAGUGAUGUGAGUAGUUAAGUUCGGAUGGUCUUUUUUAUGCAUGUCAGUGCUCUCAAACUUAAUGUUUCCAGAGAAAAAUCGUAAACCUCUGCAUAACUAAAUUGUUUAAAUACUGUACCUCUGUUUAUUCAUCACAGCACAAUACAGAUACGUAUUUACUCUUCUAUAGAAAUCAUGGACAUGAAUUUAUAGUUUCCUGGCUGAAGAGUGAAGCACAGUGAUUCUUAAUAAUUAAUUAAAUUUUUUUUCAAGAUUCUCUCAAGAAACUCUACUAUCUCUACCUCCUUCCAUAUUACCCAAACCUUUUAGUUUGUUUUAUUCUUUUCCUAGAGUAUCUGUGUUAAUGUAACUAGUCAUUACAGUACAUAAUGUAUGCAAUAAUAUGCAAAAAUAUGAAUGAUGUAAAUUCAUUUAAAUGCUUAUCAUAACCCCUUCUAUCAAUAUUUUAUUUACAAUAGAAAAUUCAUUUGUUCAUGUGCAGAACAAAUCUUCAGUCUUAACAUUAGGAUAAAUUUUCUGUCACCAGCUGGAAACUGGUUAAAAACAAUGAAAAAAUUAAAAAUGCAAGGAAUCUGUGGCAUCUGAUACUACUUAGUUGUGGGGGAAGCAAAUCAGAGACCACGCUUGAACAUUGUGACACAUAAGUCUUUCUUCAACCAGCUUGAGAGCUGACGUCCGCUUUGCUCUCCUCCUUCCCAAGCUGGUUUUUUACCUAAGCCUGUACUGUUGUUUCAUAUAUCUAUUUUCCUAAGAAGUCCUGUGAGCAUCAACGUAUUUGAUCCGCCCUUCCAGGAUUCCUAUGUUCAUGCCUCCUCUGGAACAGAUGCAACUUGCAGUAGAUGUACCUCCAGGCCCAUUCCUACUGCUUUAUCAUUAGCUGUUUUGGGUAUAAUGCUUCCCAGUCUCUCUCAGGAGGAAUAUUAACCCUUCAGGGGGAAAGGGGAAGUCCUUAGUUAGCAAGUUUGUAAUUUGAAAUAUUGCUUGGGAUAUAUUGAAACACUUAUGUUCAGACAUUUGAAUGUUUUAUUUCCUCUUCAGUGGUAUAUUUACUGACUGUUGCUGCUUAGUAGGUUUUAGUGUGAAUUUUUUUCUCCAUUUAUAUCAUUGUUCUUAUUUUAUUUCAGCAACAAUUUCUGGAAGUGUGGUAAUAUUUUAGUCUUUGAGAUUUUGUGGUUCGGGACGUUUGAGACGUUACGGGUUCGUGUUGAAGACAAGACUUUUUUGAGAACAACAUUUAAGGGAGGUCGAAUCUUUUGACAUGCAGGUUAAUAUUUUACUCUAAAAUUGCAUCUUUUUCUUUUUAGUUUAUCAUUUCAGGAGUUCAUUGUUUGUGAUAUGAGUUUCUUCCAAUUUUUACAUACGUAUUGGCCUAUCUACACUGUCUAUAUAGCCCCAAAGGUAGCCAUGCCUAAUUCUAGGAUUAUCCCUUUUAUGGUGAUCUGCUGAUAUGUAGUGUAAAUCUUUAGUAGGUAUGGAACUAGAGACCACACUACACCUUUCAAAGUUCCUUCAUAAGGCAGUUAGCAGUAACUGAAGUUCUGAGCCUCUGUAAUGAGUAUUGGAGGUUUCGUGAAAAUUUGAGGACAAAGUUUUUGGGAUUUGUUUGGUAAAAAGGGAAGAAAAACUAAAUUUGUAAGGUAGACUGGAUGAGACCAGGAUCCCAAAAAGAUAAGGUAGUUUCUGGCUCCCUACUAAGUCAAACAUUUCUGAUUAGAAUUGAUGGGAAGGGAAUCCUCAAACUGUUAAGAUUUUUUUUUUUUUUUUUUAACCAUAGGAAAGCUUUAGUGCAGUACCAGUAUCAUUCAUUAUUGUAGUUUUACAUGAGAUGUGCAGGUUAUGAACAUUACCCAAACAUCUGAAUUCCUGUAGACACCCUAUAAAUUUUCGAGAUUUGGACCUACGUACUGCCUUCUUCAAAUUCUUUGGAAGUAUGUAUGUUGUGAUUUGCAGUCUUAAGUAUGUAGGAAUAGAAAUCUUCCAAAUUGAGGGUAGAUAUUUCAGGAGUAGUGAAGAAAGUUGCCAAAGGCAUGCAAUCUGUACUUUAGGGGUUUAGGUUGGUGCUUUGUUUGGAAUUGUCCGACAUGCAAGUCCUAUUUAAUAAGAAGUCACUUGAAGACAAUAUCUGCAAGCCUGACAAUUGGAUAUUAAAAUGCAGUUUUAUCAUUUUUACGAUUUGCAAAAUUACCUCAUCUAGGUAGACAAUGAAUUAUAGGAAAA